UAGGUUUAUAUUCAUUUCUCUUGUAGGAGAGUCGGGUCUUGGAAAGUCAACCCUCAUUAAUUCCAUGUUUCUGGCAGAUAUUUAUUCAAAUGAACAUCCUGGUCCAUCCAAUAGACCGAAGAAAACAGUACAAGUUGAAACAACAAAGGUUCUUCUGAAAGAGAAUGGUGUCAAUUUAACCCUUACUGUUGUUGACACACCAGGUUUUGGUGACGCUGUAGACAACAGUAAUUGUUGGCAACCAGUAACAAACUAUAUUGAAAGUAAAUAUGAGGAAUACCUUAAUGCAGAGUCUAGGGUUCAUCGCAGUACUUUAAUAGACUCCAGAGUUCAUUGCUGUCUUUAUUUCAUUGCACCUUCUGGCCAUGGUUUAAAAAGUCUUGAUGUCGAGUUCAUGAAGAGGCUACAUGACAGAGUCAACAUCAUUCCCCUCAUUGCCAAAGCUGACACUAUGACAUCUGAUGAGUGUACUCUGUUUAAAAGGACGAUAAUGAAUGAGAUAGCACAGAACAAGAUAAAAAUUUAUGAGUUUCCUGACUGUGAUGAUGAAGAAGAAAAAAAGUUACAGAAGAUUAUGAAAGCACGGGUGCCAUUUGCAGUUGUAGGAAGCAACACUAUAGUUGAAGUAAAUGGAAAGAAAGUACAAGGAAGGAGGUACCCUUGGGGUGUCGUGGAAGUCGAAAACUUGGAACACUGUGAUUUUAUUGCACUGAGAAACAUGCUGAUUAGGACUCAUAUGCAAGAUCUUACGGAAGUCACCAACAAUGUGCAUUAUGAAAACUACAGGUGCCAGAAACUUGCAGGUGUUGGAGCAGAUGGCGCACCGAGUGUCAUAACAAAUAAGAACCCUUUUUCACAGAUGGAAGAAGAAAAGAAAGAACAUAUUGUUAAGAUGAAGAAAAUGGAAAAGGAAAUGGAACAGGUUUUUGAAAUGAAAGUUAGAGAAAAAAUUCAGAAAUUAAAAGAUUCAGAAACAGAUCUUCAGCGUAGACAUGAGCAUAUGGCUAAGAGUUUAGAACAGCAGAAACACGAAUUAGAGGAAAAAAGGAAAACGUUUGAAAGGGAAAAAGCAGCGUUUGAAAGUGCUAAUGGUGAAACUGCCUUUCAUAAGAUGUCUGUGGAUGUUAAUUCAAAAGAGCAUUUGGAUGUCAAAGAGAAGAAGAAGGAUAAGAAGAAAGGUCUGUUUUAACUUUUUUCUUUAUGGGAACCCAACACGUACACGUUCUUUCAUCCAGUGAAACCAAAGCAACCGUUUUGUCUCAUGUUGCUGCCAUCUACACCGGAUGUUGCUUGCUGCUCUUAUGUUUUUAACACCUCAUGUCACUACAAACUGUUGAAUGUCUAAACCCAACUCUGUUCUAGAAGAGUAAAAAAAAAUGCUUUUAUUUUAUCAUGGUGUAAAUACGGUUUUUUUUCCCGAUAUCCAAAAACUAGUGUCUUUUGUUUUCAAGUUGCUAUAGUAUAAGAAAUUAGAAAGAAAAAAAAAGGUUGAAAUAUGGUUCGUGUUUAGAAAAAAU